UGUUAUCGCAAUAGAUGUGCCGCAUUUAAUCGAUAUUUAUUAAACACUCGCAUGUGUUUUGUUGCUUCUGCAUUAAUUUUGUUGAUUUGGCUUGUUUAACUUUAUAAAAUGACUGCUGUUCCGCCGCCCGCAAAUAUUUCCACACUUAUGCCAUUGGAACUGGUGGACAAAUGCAUCGGCUCGAGAAUUCACAUCAUUAUGAAGAAUGACAAGGAAAUGGUUGGAACUCUCUUGGGAUUCGAUGAUUUCGUCAACAUGCUGCUGGACGAUGUUACAGAGUAUGAGAACACGCCAGACGGACGCCGUAUUACCAAAUUGGACCAGAUUCUACUGAACGGCAACAAUAUAACAAUGUUGGUGCCGGGUGGCGAGCUGGCCGAGUAACAACUUUCCAUAAAUUGUAAGACCUAAUAAAAGAUUUAUAAAAACAACAAA